AUGAAGGAAGUAGUGGUGGACAUAGCGCCCAAAAGGAUUAAAGGCCUUGAGUUCAGCGCGCUUUCAGCUAGCGAUAUAGUUGCUCAAUCGAAAGUAGAAAUCACUACAAGAGAUCUUUUCGACUUGGAGAGUGGCAGAAAACCUAAAGAUGGAGGUGCUCUGGAUACACGAAUGGGAGUUUCGUCAUCGCAUGCAGAGUGUUCAACUUGUCAUGGGAAUCUUGCAUCUUGUCAUGGUCAUUUUGGCCACAUCAAGUUGUCACUGCCUGUUUUCCAUGUAGGGUACUUCAAAGCCACUAUUCAGGUUUUGCAAUCCGUGUGUAAAGGCUGUGGUGCCCUGUUACUAUCUGAAGAGGACAAAAGACAAUUUUUGAGCGAACUACGUCGUCCUGGCAUAGACAAUUUGAGAAGAAUGGGGAUUUUGAAAAAAGUCGUGGAUCAGUGCAAAAAACAGAGGAGAUGUUUUGCAUGUGGUGCGUUGAAUGGUGUAGUUAAGAAAGCUGCUGCAGGUUCUGGUUCUGCCUCGCUCAAAAUAUUACAUGACACUUUCAGAUGGGUGGGUAAGAAAUCUGCACCAGAAAAGGAUAAAUGGUUUGGAGACUGGAAAACAGUUCUCGCCCAUAGUCCAGAGCUCGAACGUUACGUAAAGCGAUGCACCGAUGAUCUGAACCCUUUAAAGGUACUAAAUUUAUUCAAGCAAAUUGCAUCUGAAGACUGUGAGCUACUAGGGAUUGAUAGUUCUGUCAAGUCAGGCAGACCAGAAACUUACAUCUGGAGAUACUUGCCUGCACCGCCAGUGUGUAUUCGUCCAUCUGUUAUGAUGCAGGACUCUCCUGCUUCAAAUGAAGAUGAUUUGACUGUGAAGCUUACAGAGAUUGUGUGGACCUCUUCUCUGAUCAAAGCAGGUCUGGAAAAGGGUAUAUCGAUCAACAACAUGAUGGAGCAAUGGGACUAUCUGCAAUUGGCAGUUGCCAUGUACAUUAAUUCUGAUUCGGUUAACCCGGCUAUGAUGCCAGGAGGGAAUGCCGGUGGGAAGACUAAGCCAAUUAGAGGUUUCUGUCAAAGACUGAAAGGUAAGCAAGGUCGUUUCAGAGGUAACCUUUCCGGUAAACGUGUAGAUUUCUCAGGCAGAACAGUCGUUUCACCGGAUCCAAACCUUUCAAUCGAUCAAGUGGCGGUACCUGAUCGUGUUGCUAAAGUACUCACGUACCCUGAGAUGGUCACACGCUAUAACAAACAAAAAUUGCAACAGCUGGUGAUAAACGGUCCUAAUGAACACCCGGGAGCUAAUUAUAUCUUGAAGAAAGAUGAAGAAGCAAGACGAAACCUACGUUACGGUGAUCGUUUGAAGCUUGCCAGAAAUCUUCAGUUUGGUGAUGUGGUUGAAAGACAUCUAGAAGAUGGUGACGUCGUUUUAUUUAACAGACAACCCUCGUUACACAGACUUUCUAUUUUAUCGCACUUUGCGAAAAUCAGGCCUUGGAGAACCUUCAGGCUGAACGAAUGUGUGUGUACCCCAUACAACGCGGAUUUCGAUGGUGACGAAAUGAACUUACAUGUUCCUCAGACGGAGGAGGCUCGUGCUGAGGCCAUCAAUCUUAUGGGUGUGAAAAAUAAUCUUCUGACACCCAAAUCUGGGGAACCUAUUAUUGCUGCAACUCAAGAUUUCAUUACCGGGUCAUAUCUUAUUUCGCACAAGGACUCGUUUUACAACAGAGCUGAGUUUGUCCAGCUUUUGUCGAUGAUGUCGGAUGGAAAUUUGCAGUUUGAUAUACCGCCUCCAGCCAUUAUGAAACCUUACUACAUGUGGACUGGAAAGCAAGUGUUUUCCCUUCUCAUCAGACCAAAUAAGAAAUCCUCUGUCGUCAUCAACUUGGAUGCCAAAAAUAAGGUCUACAUCCCUCCGAAGAGGAAAGAAUUUCCUAAUGAGAUGUCUCAAAAUGAUGGUUUCGUUGUCAUCCGUGGGUCUCAAAUCUUAAGUGGUGUCAUGGACAAGUCUGUGUUGGGUGAUGGUAAGAAACACUCGGUAUUUUACACAAUCUUAAGAGAUUUCGGACCGCAGGAAGCCGCUUUCGCUAUGAACAGAAUGGCAAAAUUGUGCGCUCGUUUUCUGGGCAACAGGGGCUUCUCAAUCGGUAUUAGCGAUGUUACACCAGGUUUUGAACUGAAACGGCAAAAGGAAAGUAUGGUCGAAGAUGCGUACUCGAAAUGUGAUGAACUCAUUGAAUUAUUCGACAAGGGAAAGUUGGAAACUCAGCCCGGAUGUAAUGAGGAGCAAACAUUGGAAGCCAAGAUUGGUGGUUUGUUAUCGAAAGUCAGAGAAGAAGUCGGUGAGGUAUGCAUCAAGGAGCUGGAUAACCUGAACGCGUGUCUAAUCAUGGCAAAUUGUGGUUCUAAGGGUUCGAAUUUGAACGUAUCCCAAAUGGUGGCUGUUGUGGGUCAGCAAAUUAUAUCUGGUAAUCGUGUCCCCGAUGGCUUCCAGGACCGUUCCUUACCUCACUUUCUGAAAAAUUCCAAAACACCACAGUCGAAGGGUUUCGUGAGAAACUCAUUCUUCACCGGCCUAACACCGCCAGAGUUUUUGUUUCACGCCAUUUCUGGGCGUGAGGGUCUGGUAGAUACAGCCGUCAAGACCGCUGAAACAGGUUACAUGUCUCGUAGGUUAAUGAAAUCACUGGAAGACCUGUCAUGUCAAUACGACAACACUAUUAGAACCUCCUCGAACGGUAUUGUACAGUUCACUUAUGGAGGUGAUGGAUUGGACCCUAUUGAUAUGGAAGGCAAUGCACAGCCUGUAAAUUUCGCGAGAUCAUGGGAACAUGCUAACAACGUUACGUUCAAUCACAUCGACCAAGGGUUACUACCUUACCAAAUAAUGCAGCAGACGAACAGAAUUUUGGAACCGCUUGAAGAAAAGUUGGUCCGAUUCGAUAAUUUGGGGAAUCUAGUUACCGGACAUGAGGCGCACUGUGUGGAAUUUAUUGAUCAGCACGAUGCGGAAAGAAACUUCUACCAAUCUCUGAGGUCAUAUCUGCAUGAAAAAGCCAGUCACUUGGCAACGACAAGAAAGCACAAAGGUUUAAUGGAAUAUUUGGAAGAACCCGCUGCCGAAUUACAAGAAAUGGAUCUGGACGACAAAGCUUCUGAUGCAGCCAUAGCAUCGGUCUCUCAAUUGUGCAAAAUCACGUCGUCGUUGGUUGCUACGUUUUUGGAAAUCGCGAUCUUCAAGUAUCAUAAAGCAAAGGUUGAACCUGGUACGGCAGUAGGUGCAGUAGGUGCUCAUUCUAUUGGUGAACCUGGUACACAAAUGACACUAAAAACAUUUCACUUUGCUGGUGUCGCUUCCAUGAAUGUUACGCUUGGUGUACCUCGUAUCAAAGAAAUCAUCAACGCCUCUAAGGUCAUUUCAACACCUAUCAUCAACGCUGUUCUUGUCAAUGACAAUGAUGAAAGAGCAGCUAGAGUUGUCAAGGGAAGAAUUGAAAAGACUCUGAUGUCCGACGUAGCCUUCUAUAUCCAGGAUGUCUACCGAGACAACAUGUCGUUUUUACAAGUCAAAGUCGACUUGAGCACCAUCGAAAAAUUGCAAUUAGAGUUGACGGUUGAAGAUAUUGCAGUUGCGAUAACUAGAGCUGCCAAACUCAAAAUUGCAGCUUCUGAUGUCACUAUUGUUGGUAAGGAUAAGAUUAAUAUCAAUGUCUAUCCAGACGGUGCUAAACUCAAAUCGAUUUCUACUUUAGCUAAGGAGCCUGCUGAAAAUGAGCUGUUCUACAGGAUUCAGCAUCUACGUCGUGCAUUGCCCGCCAUAGUCGUUAAGGGUCUUCCGGACAUUGCUAGAGCAGUUAUCAAUGUUAAGGAUAAUGAUAAGAGAGAACUUUUGGUCGAAGGAUAUGGUUUACGCGAUGUGAUGACCACGGAUGGUGUCAUAGGUUCGAAGACCAAGACAAAUCAUGUCUUGGAAGUUGUUAGUGUAUUGGGUAUUGAGGCGGCCAGGGCCAGUAUCAUUGGUGAAAUCGACUAUACCAUGAGUAAUCACGGAAUGAGUGUUGAUCCUCGUCACGUACAGCUGUUGGGUGAUGUAAUGACCUACAAGGGCGAGGUGUUGGGUAUCACUCGUUUUGGUCUCAGUAAGAUGAGAGACUCGGUACUGCAACUCGCCUCGUUCGAGAAGACCACAGACCAUUUGUUCGACGCCGCCUUUUACAUGAAAAAAGAUGCUGUUGAAGGUGUGUCGGAAUGCAUUAUUUUGGGCCAGACCAUGUCCAUUGGUACAGGUGCCUUCAAAGUGGUAAAAGGUACGGCGCUAUGUACCGAAGAUCUAAAACCAAAGCCCGUACUUUUCGAAGAUUUGUGCAACAACAUGUCCACUCUAAAGGUCAACUAG